CAGGUUUGGACUGCCUGAGAAAUCAUUUCACAGUGACCAACCCUGCUUGCUCAUGUGACCCAAGGCAGCUCCUUCGGCCCUGCCCGCAGUGACUUUUACUGGGAGCGGAGUGGUGGGCGCAGGCGUUUGUCAAUGGCAGGACCCGAGAGACAGCCAUGCCUCCCCCUGCCCCAGCCGCCCCUCGCCCCCCGCGCUAACCUGCACGGUGAGGGUGCUGCCAGGAUCCCCGAGGACUGACUGGCUGACCUUGCCGCAGACCCCCAUCGGCCAUCCCCCCACCCCAAAAUGUCGCUUGAGUGGCUGGUGGCCUGGAGCUGGUCGCUGGACGGCCUGAGGGACUGCAUCGCCACCGGCAUCCAGUCCGUGCGGGACUGUGACACCACGGCCGUGGUCACCGUGGCCUGCCUGCUGGUUCUGUUCGUGUGGUACUGUUACCACGUGGGCAGGGAGCAGCCGCGGCCCUACGCGGCCGUCAACGCGCUGAUGCAGGGCCCGGACGCCGGCGGGCUGCAGAACGGCUUCGCCUACUGCCAGUCCCCCGAGUGCAUGCGCUGCAGCCACAGUGACGGCCUCAACCAGAAGCUGUACCACAACCUGCAGGAGUACGCCAAGCGCUACUCCUGGGCCGGCAUGGGCCGCAUCCACAAGGGCGUCCGCGAGCAGGGCCGCUACCUCAGCAGCCGGCCCUCCAUCCAGAAGCCCGAGGUCUUCUUCCUGCCCGACCUCCCCACCACGCCCUACUUCGCCCGCGACGCGCAGAAGCACGACGUGGAGCUGCUGGAGCGCAACUUCCAGACCAUCCUGUGCGAGUUCGAGACCCUCUACAAAGCCUUCUCAAACUGCAGCCUCCCGCAGGGCUGGAAAAUGAACAGCACCCCCAGCGGGGAGUGGAUCACCUUUUACUUGGUCAAUCAGGGGGUUUGCGUCCCCCGGAACUGCAGGAAGUGCCCACGGACGUACCGCUUGCUUGGAAGCCUUCGGACCUGUAUUGGGAACAAUGUUUUUGGGAACGCGUGCAUCUCCGUGCUGAGCCCCGGCACCGUGAUCACGGAGCACUACGGACCCACCAACAUUCGCAUCCGAUGCCACUUAGGUCUGAAGACUCCAAGUGGCUGUGAGCUGGUGGUGGGCGGGGAGCCCCAGUGCUGGGCAGAGGGCCGCUGCCUCCUCUUCGAUGACUCUUUCCUGCACACCGCGUUCCACGAAGGUUCAGCGGAGGAUGGCCCACGGGUGGUUUUCAUGGUGGACCUGUGGCAUCCAAACGUCGCAGCGGCCGAACGGCAGGCCCUGGAUUUCAUCUUUGCUCCGGGACGAUGAGAGCGCUGCCCUUGCUGGAGUCGGCGAGAGGGGCCGUGGGGCUGGGUGCGGCCCAGCCCCCGCCGUGGUUUCUGUCCUCACAAACCUGCCUCAACGGAAGCUCUUACUUGCAAAUUUUUUUUCAUGUUGGGUCCCUCUUCCCUUUGAUUAUUGAAAACGGGAAAUUUCCAGCUUGUAUUUCCUUAGAUUCUUUUCCUCCCAGUCAUUUGCUCUGCAGUUCCUUUCUGCCUAGUGGCGCAUUACUCUGCUCUGUGGCCGGAGGCGCAGUGUCCCUGUUGUCCGUGUCAUGCUGCUACCUGGUUUUGUCAGCACUCCGAAGUAGAGUCGCCAAACGGUUAUCUGUCUGAAUGUGAUAGCGUACAACUUCUCGUGGUCGUCUUAAAA